UGGCAAAGAUGGCAGCAAAGAAAGAGAUGGAAGUAGUGAAGGGAUUGGAUUUGAAGAGAUACAUGGGCCGUUGGUAUGAGAUAGCAUCAUUCCCAUCAAGAAAUCAACCGAAGAACGGGGAGAACACGAGAGCAACAUACACACUGAGAGAAGAUGGGAUAGUGAAUGUGUUGAAUGAGACAUGGAACGAUGGGAGGAGAGGGUCUAUAGAAGGGACAGCGUACAAAGCCAAUACAAAAAGUGAAGAAGCUAAGUUCAAAGUGAAAUUCUACGUGCCACCUUUCUUUCCUAUAAUACCUGUUACAGGAGAUUAUUGGGUUUUGUUCAUUGAUGAGGAUUAUCAGUAUGCUUUGAUUGGACAGCCUAGUAGGAAGUCUCUCUGGAUCUUGUGCAGGCAAAACCAUCUUGAUGAAGAGAUUUACAACCAGCUGCUUGAGAAGGCCACAGAACAAGGCUAUGAUGUCAAGAAGCUCCACAAAACAACACAUACAGACCCUCCCCCGGAGAGUGAAGAAGGUCCCAAGGACACUAAAGGCAUUUGGUGGAUCAAAUCCAUCCUGGGAAAAUAGAGUCCAAUAUGGUACAACCCUUUUCCACCACCUUUUGUACAAAGAGUGUUCUUUUCCUACAAACCCAAAACCUCUUAGUGUGGGCUUUUGUUUAUAAACCAGUUGUACUUAGUGUUUGUGGUUAUGUGUGCAUAUUAAUAUGUAUGUUUCAUUGCAUAUUAAGCUAUGAUAGCUAUGACUUUAUAUUGAUGUUUCGAUGGAUUUGUAGCUUUUUUCUAUGCUGGGUUUCUGUAAACCAUUUAAAUUUGUAGCUUUUUUUGGUUGCGAAUAAAUCUGAGCUUGGAUUGUACUUUCUUUUA